AGUGCGCAUGCGUGACAAUAGAGGAAGUCGGUAAUGGUUAAGGAUGAUGUGGACGUGAAACGGCCGAGAGCAUCAGCGCGUUUUCAAGAAAGAAAAACAAUCUUAAAGACGGACUUACGGAUAUGAAGCGCGGUUUUUGAGAGGUGUCGGAGUUUCUCUGCACCGAGACAGAACACACCUACGGUCCGCGAUGAUGGCAGAAUGCGAGCCUACCGACGGCGAGCCGGAGAAAGGCGGCGGAUAUUUCACACCGGAGUCGAACUUUCUCGCGUCGGAGGUGCCCGCGGUGUUAUUUGAAAAGACCCGGCCGGCGCCGUCACCGUCACUAGGACUCUCGCUGAACCCCGGGGCAGCGGUCCGGAUCUCGAACUCGACGGAAAGCGUGCUGACGGAGCUGGAAGCGGACGGCUCGGGGGAAGAGGCGCUACUGUUACCGGGACCUGCCGUGAAUCUCUCACCUCGGGCUGGAAGAGACAAAAGGACGCGGAGGAACAGACACAGCUCCUCAUCUGAUAAUCUGGCAUCACCAGGUAAUAACAGUGGAGAAUUCAACCAUUUCCCAGAAGACCCAGAGUUUGGCGAGAUCAUCCAGAGAGCUGAGCAGGCGAUAGAAAGUGGCGUUUUUCCUGAACGCAUCUCACAAGGAUCUAGUGGAAGCUACUUUGUCAAAGAUCCCAAAGGGAAAAUCAUUGGCGUGUUUAAACCAAAAUCAGAGGAGCCUUAUGGUCACUUAAACCCUAAAUGGACCAAAUAUUUCCAUAAAGUCUGCUGCCCAUGUUGUUUUGGCCGUGGUUGCCUCAUUCCUAACCAGGGAUACCUCUCUGAGGCAGCUGCCUCACUUGUUGACCAAAAACUGGGUUUGGGGAUUGUACCCAAAACUAAGGUAGUGCAUUUGGCCAGCGAGACUUUUCACUAUAAUGCAAUUGACCGUGCCAAAUCCCGUGGUAAGAAAUAUGCACUGGAGAAAGUCCCCAAAGUUGGACGACGGUUUCACAGAGUUGGCCUUCCUCCAAAGGUGGGCUCAUUUCAGUUGUUUGUGGAGGGCUAUCAUGAAGCAGACUACUGGCUGAGGAAGUUUGAGGCAGAGCCUCUUCCAGAGAACAUGAGGAAGCAGCUUCAGUCUCAGUUUGAGAGGCUGGUGGUGCUGGAUUACGUCAUCAGAAACACAGACAGAGGGAACGAUAACUGGUUGAUCAAGUAUGAGAAGCCAGGCGAUGGAGAGCUGACGGAGAAGGAAUCUGAAUGGACUGAUCCAAAAGACUCGGCCAUACAGAUAGCCGCUAUAGAUAAUGGUUUGGCCUUCCCUUUUAAACACCCCGAUGAGUGGAGAGCAUAUCCGUUCCACUGGGCAUGGUUGCCUCAGGCCAAAGUGGCCUUUUCCCAGGAGACAAGAGACCUUGUGCUCUCUCGCAUUUCUGACAUGAACUUUGUACAGGACCUCUGUGAGGACCUUUAUGAGAUGUUCAAGACAGAUAAAGGGUUUGACAAAACCAUGUUUGAGAAACAGAUGUCUGUUAUGAGAGGACAGAUCUUAAACCUGACCCAGGCUUUCAAAGACGGGAAGAGCCCCAUCCAGUUAGUGCAGAUGCCUCGUGUGGUGGUGGAGAGGAGCCGCGGGGGAGGCCAGGGUCGUGUGGUCCAACUGGGCAAUGCUUUUACCCAGACCUUCCACUGUAAGAGACCCUUUUUCACAUCCUGGUAAAAGGGCCACACAGAGGACGAAGACUGGAGUGAAAAUGGACGAGGGUCCUAUACCAGAGACACUGGAUGAGCAACUUUCU